GUUUGCUAAUCUCUGGCUGUCACUUCUGUCAUAAUCGUAAGGUGCUAAAACCUAAAUAAAAAAUUAUAAAACAAAGUUUUAGAGGCGAUUUUCACGUAAUUUUUUUUACAAGGAUGUCGGCGCUUUUUCGUAUGGCCAGUCGCAAUGUGCUGCAACGUAGCAUAUCGUUGAACAUGUCCCGUUCUAUCAAAACUUCACAAAAAAAGGAUGAUACUGCCGCGGUCAUUACACCAAAUACGAAAGAGGAUUUUGCCAACCCCAACCCAAAGAACUGGGUUAGCUGGGGAUUCGACUAUAAGGAUGAAACAAACGAUCGCAACACCACAAAAAUGAGCUUUUUCACUGGUGUGACACUAUGUUUAGUUUGGGGCACAUUUUUCUGGUCAUAUUCGCCGGAUCCACAGCUGCGUGAUUGGGCACAACGUGAGGCCUAUCUAGAAUUACGUCGCCGCGAACAAGCUGGUGUCGAUUUAGUGAAUCCCAACUAUGUUGAUCCCGCAUCUUUUAAUUUGCCAUCAGAUGAAGAAUUAGGCGAAGUGGAAAUUAUUAUUUAAAUACUAUAUUUAAUUGUUACCUAAACUAAUUCGAUUGUUUAAGCGAAAUGCCACUUUUGUGCUGUUAUGUAAUAGAAUGGUGUUACUAACAAAAAUCACGAAUAAAAUGAAGUCAGAUGCAUUCGAAA